AUGGCAGCAGAGACUUUCCUAUUCACUUCUGAGUCAGUGAACGAGGGGCACCGUGACAAGUUGUGUGACCAGAUCUAUGAUGAUGUGCUCGAUACAUGCCUCGAGCAGGACCCUGAUAGCAAGGUUGCACAUGAGACUUGCACCAAGACCAACUUGGUCAUGGUCUAUGGAGACAUCACCACCAAGGCCAACGUUGACUACGAGAAAAUUGUGCGUGACACCUGCAGGAAAAUGGGUUUUAUUUCAGCUGAUGUCGGACUUGAUGCUGACCACUACAAGGUCCUUGUCAACAUUGAGCAGCAGAGCCCUGAUAUUGCUCAGGGUGUUCAUGGCCAUCUCACAAAAAGGCCAGAGGAAAUUUGUGUUGGUUACCACGGUCACAUGUUCAACUAUGCCACUGAUGAGACUACCCCUGAGCUGAUGCCUCUGAGCCAUGUCCUUGCCACCAAGCUCGGUGCUCGCCUCACUGAGGUUCGCAAGAAUGGAAUCUGCGCUUGGCUGAGACCUGAUGGCAGGACCCAAGUCACUGUGGAGUAUUACAAUGACAAUGGUGCCAUGGUUCCGGUUCGCGUCCACACUGUUCUCAUCUCAACCCAGCAUGAUGAAACUGUCACCAAUGAUGAAAUCACUGCUGAUUUGAAAGAGCAUGUGAUCAAGCCUGUGAUUCCUAAGAAGUACCUUGAUGAAAAAACCAUUUUCCACUUGAACCCUUUUGGCCGUUUUGUCAUUGGGGGUCCUCAUGGUUAUGCUGGUCUCUCUGGCAGGAAGAUCAUUAUUGACACUUAUGGUGGAUGGGGUACUCAUGGUGGUGGUGCUUUCUCAGGGAAAGACCCAACUAAGGUUGUUAAGAGUGGAGCUUACAUUGUGAGGCAAGCUGCUAAAAGCAUUGUUGCUGUUGGACUUGCAAGGAGGUGCAUUAUCCAGGUUUCCUAUUCCAUUGUUGAGCCUGAGCCUUUGUCUGUGUUUGUUGACACUUAUGGUACUGGGAAGAUCCCUGAUAAGGAGAUUCUGAAGAUUGUGAAGGAGGAUUUUGAUUUCAGGCCUGGCAUGAUCCCUAUCAACCUUGAUCUCAAGAGGGGUGGCAACAAUAGGUGCUUGAAGACUGCUGCUUAUGGACAUUUUGGAAGAGAUGAUGCUGACUUCACAUGGGAAGUGGUGAAGCCUCUGAAGUGGGAGAAGGCCUAAGUGAUACCUCUGCCCUUUUACCUUCAUUGUACAUGUUUUCUGCAUUUUGAAGUCUAUGGAAGUGGUAACAUCAAUUGAAGAAGUUUGCAUUGUCUUGGAUCAACGAAAGGCUGCUUGCUUGGUGCUAUU